AUGUUCUGCCAGAUCCUGGGUCAGGCCACGAAGCAUCCGAACUCCAUCCUCCUCUUCAUUUUUAUUGGAGAAGAGGGUACGGGAGCAGUGCUGUAUGUCUUGUGCUUGGUAUUGUUCGAUCCAGAUGUCAGUUGGGGUAGGAAGCAUAACCCAGAACGCUGGAACGAACGGGGUUCCUGUGAUCGGUACAAGUUCUACUCAGUGAAUGCAGACUACAGCAAACGAAAGAAGGUCCGGGCUUCUAAAUGA